CUAGUUGGUUGCAACCGAUAGAUAAACACGUGUUUUGUUUGUUUAUAAACAGUUUAGUCUAUUUUUUAAAAAAAUUAAUUACAGAUCUCAAGCGAUAAAAAGCUUUAAAAUUAUUAUCACUAUCUAUCUAUUACUAUCUGUAUGAAGGAUUUUAACUGUUGUUUAUACAUUUAAAAUGGAGCAACCCGAUGAAGUUAAAUUGAAAUUUUCUUCCAAAAUCGGCAAGAAAGCGCCUGUAUUCAUAGCUGAAUUCACUAAUGGUCGGGUAGAUGCUGAUUCCAAGAUACAAUUUGAAUCGUUCAUACUGGAAAAUAGAGAAUCUAUGAUUGGAAGUGGUGAUGCAAAUAGAAAACUGAUGGCUAAUAAUGGCCGUUUAUCGUAUCUCGGAUCCUCUCGUGAUGCAUCUGCUUUACAAUAUUUUGUAGGCGUUCGCAACAAAAAUACAGGUAAAAUGAAACUAUACGACUCCACUCGUUUUAUUUUAAAACCGGUGAUAACUUCUAAAGAUGCGAUUGUUAGUGAAAAUACAAAUGCUGAAAAAAAUUAUUGGGAAGAUCGAAAUAAGUUAACUCAAGAAUUUGGUGGUAAAACACAAAAACGCAUUUUAAAGGCAAGAUUGAAACUGGAUGUGAAAACAGAUUCACUAGAAGAGUUAGCUAAUGAUGAUUCUGUCAGUGCAAGUCCUCAACCUCCUGAUCCUUUUGCUAAUUCACCACAAACCGUUUCCUACCUGCCACCUGCAAAUAGAAAUGCGCAAUCCCUUGACGAAGUUUUUGACAUAAACGAUAUUAUAUCGCCUGAAAUUGAAGCAAGUCUUCGAGAUCAUGCGGAUUCAUGGCUUGAGACAUACGAGACAGAUAAGGAUACUGCUAAACAACAUUUCUGUAAAUUCGUUCUGGAACGCAUUGAGGGAAAUCUGCAGAAUCCUGAAAAGCUGAAGUAUUUGCUAUAUUAUAAUCAUUUAGUGACAUUUAGCCAGUUGACUUAUGCCGAUAUUCGUAAAAAAGAUCCGGCGCCACUUAUACCAGAGCCAUUGAAAGGAAGUAUGAUACGCAAGUUUACGUUGACUACAAAAACUGAGGGUGGUCGUACCUCAAGAAGCUUUCCACCUCAACAAAAAGAUAAAUUAAUUGCUAAUCUUAUUGUUCUGGCACUACUUAUUGAUAAUUAUUGUGCUCACAUGCCCCACAUUCUAAUGGAUCUUAAAAGAGUCACUCCUAAACAUUUUACUAACAUUGCUCAAACAUUGGGCUGUUUCAUAACUUCCCAAAAACUUGGAGACCAAAGUGAAAAAUUUGUUCAGCUGAAGCUACCCUUAAAUAUAGUAUUGCCAAAAUAUACUAAAAGGCAAUUUUAAAUCUAUUUUUUUUUUAACUUUUAAAACUGAAUUUCUUUUAUCAAAAGUUUAAUUGUAUUAUAACAAAAAUUUAUUCAUUUUUAAAAAAAUUUCUCCUAUUUCAGUAAAUAAAAUUUUUCUUUUAUCAUAACUACGUUUAUCAAACAUUUAGUUGUGUUAAUCAAGAAAUUUAUAUAUUUGAUCUUUGUUUAUUUCUAUAAAUUUAUCAUUGCAAAAAUAUGCUAAAAGGUAAUUACAAGUCUAUUUUUUAACUUUUUAAACUGAAUUCCAUUUAUCAAAAGUUUAAUUUUAUAAAGCAAAAAUUUAUUCUUUUUUUUUUUUUUUUAAAUCUUUUAAAAUUUCUCAGAUUAAAGUAAAUAUAUUUUAUCUUGUUUUAUAACUACAUCUUUUAUCAAAUAUUUAGUUGCGUUGAUCACGAAAUUUAUAUUUCUCUUUACAUAUUUGAUCUUUGUUUAUUUCUAACGAAUUUUAAAUUUUUCACCAUGGCUGUAUUGUGUGUAUAUAAAUUGAAGUUAUGUUGACAUUCAAUUGUUAGUACAUUUUAAAUUCCAAACCAAAAUUGGACAAUUUUUUUAAGUGAUGAUUGAUGUUUAUUAUCUUAUUGUAAGCAUUUACCUACUAUUAAAAUUUUAUGACUACCAACCUUUAAGUUGUGUUUGCUUAGAAAAGUAAAUCUAAAUCAGGGAAGAUUUUAAUAGCCUUUUAGGAAAUUUUACUUUAGUUGUAACUUUAGACAUCGUGAAUAUGUUUUUGUUUAAGUAAACAAUAUUGAAUUGUAUUGCAUUACUAUAGAAACUUUCACUGUAAUUGACUUGAUAAUAUUUUAUGAAAGUAAAUAAAAUUUGUUACUAUUUCUAUUUUUA